ACUGUGUAUCAGACUGUGUCAACCAACCCAUCGCGAGCAUUAGCCUUGUCCGUUCCUUCGCUUCCCAAACGUUAGCAUCCCACUACGUUAGACUGCGUCAGCCUGCCUCGCGCCAGCAGCAGCAGCCAGCCUCCGUGGCUGAAUCGCUCAUCAUUGGUUGUCCCCGCGUCAGCGUCCAGACUUGAUCACCCUGGUACGCGGCCGGGCAUCGGGACAUUGGUGGCCAUACGGGGUCCCUACACUCUAGGACCGUAUCCGGUACAUGCAACACAACCCACAGUUGCUAUUGGCGAACUCGGCGCUGCAUCCCACUGCGCUCUCGCCCUUCUUCUCCGCGGCUACUUCUCACUGGACGAUGUAACUCAACCCUUCUGAGGCAGCGUAGCUGAGGACUGAACUCUUGCGCCGCUGCUGCGCUUCCGACCGGCGAUGUCUUUCCGCCGCGUUACAUCUGGGUCUCAGUUGCCUCUCAGCACGUUAUACACUACGGCAUCCCAACGUAGCUCUAUUUGCCGGCGCUCUGCGCGCCUGACGCCCAGCCGUCAAUCGGAAAUUGGACGCAUUCGCUCCUCGCCUUCCGCUCUUCUGGACUCCUGUAACGGACACGCAUUUCAGGCUCUUUCAUAUAUCAGCAAUUUGGCCUUCGGGAGCGGCCGUGUCACUCGGUUCCUGCAUGGCCGACUUCGGCACGCGUCGCAGCCCCGCGUCAGCAGUUGCUCCGACUUCUCCCAUCCCGCCUAGCCGCGCUGCUUCCCUCACAGCGCCGCCAGCGCCACUGCACCCAGCAGUACCGCCAACAGCAACUUCUUCGUCUUCCUGGACAGUCACCUGCUACUUCUCUUCUCGGUUGUUUCACCCUGGGUCAGCCAGCCUUAAGCCUCAGCGUACCUCGUCCCCAUCGGCUUCCUCUACUCUGUGCCCCGGCGCACCACCACCCACGUGGAGCUCGCAUCGCGCUAGCCAGAGCCUUAGCAGGACGACCCCAGUGCGCAUCCUGGGGGGCCGACUUGGUGGCCGCUGCGGCAUGGCCCGACUGGCGCCUGCAGGGCGGGGCAUGCACCGCCGCUCGUGUGCCCGAUACCCUGUAUCUCGGGUGUCAUUGCUGGAUUGCAGUUGCAAGCAGCGUGCCGCUGCUCGCUUCACAGCGUGUUCUCAUCAGCCAUCCGCUUGGAGCUAGCUCGCAGUGGCUAGCGUGGAGGACUGACCUGACUAGUGACGCGUGUGCUAUGCUAGUUUGGUUACAGUUUGUGUCUGUCGCGUGGCACGAACACUCUCGCAUGUCAUUCCGCAUGAUAUGUGUGCUGUCUCUUGCUUUUGGUUCCCCUGUUUGCGUUCAGGGGGGGCACGCACUUGUCGCCACCGUGCUUGGGGGUUACGACUUCGCAGACUCUUCUCCUCGUCUCCUACAGUCGUGGGGGGGGGAACUGUGUGCCCGGUGGCGGAGGAUUACCGGUUCGGUUGUAGCGCAUGACAGCUGUCGGGUGCCAACGCGUACGUGGUUCGGCGCAACCUCCUAGGACCCCCGGUGCGGCAUGCCGUGUGUGCUGAGGUGUCACCGUGUGGUUCGCCAUCCCCGGCGGAUGAGCCGCAUGGGCCUCGCCUAGCCUAUAUGGUACUCAACAGCGACCUGGCUCGCUGGUUGAGUUACCAAAGGCGUAAGCCAACAGACUGACAAUCACUCUGUGUUAACUCUUACCCAC